UGAAUCCCUCUUGGUAACGCAGAGAAAGGAUCAUCAUGCCGACUGUGGUGGUGAUGGACGUGUCGCUCUCCAUGACCCGGCCUAUUUCCGUGGAGGGCUCUGAAGAGUAUCAGCGGAAACACCUGGCUAUCCAUGGACUGACCAUGUUGUUUGAGCACAUGGCCACCAAUUACAAACUUGAGUUUACAGCCUUGGUGGUCUUCUCAUCACUUUGGGAGUUGAUGGUUCCCUUUACAAGAGAUUACAACACACUUCAGGAAGCCCUCAGUAACAUGGAUGAUUAUGACAAAACAUGCUUAGAAUCGGCACUGCUUGGAGUUUGUAAUGUAGUGCAGCAAGAAUGGGGUGCCGCUAUUCCCUGCCAGGUUGUUCUAGUAACUGAUGGCUGUUUAGGUAUUGGCAGAGGCUCUCUGCGGCACUCCUUAGCAACUUGCAACCAACGAAAUGACAGCAGUCGAUUUCCACUGCCUUUCCCUUUCCCAUCCAAGUUAUACAUCAUGUGCAUGGCUAAUCUAGAAGAGCUCCAAAGCUCAGAUUCUUUAGAUUGUCUGGAACGACUUAUAGAUUUAAAUAAUGGGGAAGGACAGAUUUUUACCAUCGAUGGACCCCUUUGCUUGAAGAAUGUACAGUCCAUGUUUGGAAAACUAAUAGACCUGGCUUAUACACCAUUCCAUGCGGUUCUCAAAUGUGGCCACUUAACAUCUGAUGUGCAAGUAUUUCCCAGACCAGAACCUUUCAUUAUAGAUGAGGAAAUAGAUCCCAUCCCCAAAGCUAUUAAUACAGAUCUAGAAAUUGUUGGUUUUAUAGAUAUAGCUGAUAUUUCUAGCCCUCCCGUAUUAUCCAGACACUUGGUACUGCCCAUUGCACUCAACAAAGAAGGUGACGAGGUGGGUCCGGGGAUCACUGACGACACUGAGGAUGAGAAUUCAGCUAAUCAGAUUGCUGGGAAAAUACCCAACUUCUGUGUGCUACUGCAUGGGAGCCUAAAAGUGGAAGGCAUGGUGGCCAUUGUUCAGUUCGGGCCUGAAUGGCAUGGGAUGCUGUAUUCCCAAGCCGAUAGUAAGAAGAAAUCAAACCUCAUGAUGUCUCUUUUUGAACCUGGUCCUGAGCCCCUGCCUUGGCUCGGGAAAAUGGCACAGCUUGGGCCUAUUUCAGAUGCUAAAGAAAAUCCUUAUGGUGAAGACGACAAUAAGAGCCCUUUCCCUUUACAACCCAAAAACAAGCGUAGUUAUGCACAGAAUGUCACUGUGUGGAUCAAACCAAGUGGCCUUCAGACGGAUGUACAGAAGAUCUUGAGAAAUGCAAGGAAGCUCCCUGAAAAAACUCAAACAUUCUAUAAAGAACUCAACCGUUUACGAAAGGCAGCCUUGGCUUUUGGGUUUUUGGACCUUUUGAAAGGAGUGGCGGAUAUGCUGGAAAGGGAGUGCACCCUGCUGCCUGAUACUGCUCAUCCCGAUGCAGCAUUUCAGCUUACCCAUGCUGCUCAACAACUCAAAGCAGCAAGUAAUGGGACCUCGGAAUAUGCCGCCUACGACCAUAACAUCACUCCACUGCAGACAGACUUCUCUGCUAGCAGCACUGAACGAAUAUGAGAUGCAGUUCUUAGAACGUCCUGUACUUUUAAAUCACAAGUGGUCCAAUUUUCCUCUAUUUGUUUUCUAGGACUGACUCAAAUACUGUUUGAAGAACUUUUUCUGUGCAAAUGGGGUUUCAAAUAGUCUAGUUUCUUAAUCUGGGAUUAACUCAUGGCUCUCAGUGGAUUUAACAUUUUAUCUAGAAAUUGUAUUUUUAAUGCCUCCUGAACAUCUCUCAGUGAGAAGGGAGGUUCUACAGUAUUGAUUGUUCAGGUGUGUGAAAGGAGAGAUGAGGAAAAUGUUGUCACAUGCUGACUGGUGACAGUAGCCUACAAUUAUCCACCCCCCUCCUUUUUUUUUUUUUUUUUUUGAAGACCAGUCAUUAGCUAACCUCAAACUUAACCCAUAACAAUUAGACGGGUGCACAAAAGUUUUGUGUAAAACUAUUCCUGAGACAGGGGUGUGUACUAGAACCUGGCUUUCAGAAAUGUCACCUAUGCCCAGCUGAAGACUGAGUGUAUGCUCAGUGCAUCUGGUCAGCUGGCAAUUUUUGGGUGGUGUCUCUAAAGAGUUAAAGCCUGCCUUUCAAAAUGUAAAGUUACAGGUCUCUCAUUUGCCUCGACAUUCAUACUUGAGAAAGUAACUUACAUUCUAGCAAGAGAAAUUGAUUUUUUAAUAAAAGUGUAAGAUAUUACAUUAACAAAAAGCUUUCAGUGGUUUUGAUUCAUUAACAAAAAAACAGCUAUGCAUUUUUAGCAUUAUAGAGGCUUAGACCUUCAUCAGGCCACUGCUUUAAGCCCCAACUUUCCUUCAUGAAGGUCAGCUAACAAUUGCUCUUGUUCGCUUGCAUAAGAGGCUGUACAACUAUGAAAGACUUUGCAUGUAAAUUUUUAUUAACAGAAAUACAUAUCUGUCUGCCUCCAGCAGGACAAGCAAACUCAGUAGUUGAAGAUCUGGGGCAAGUCACUUCAAAUACAGGCUGCAAUGCCUGUCCCAUGCCCUCAACACCAUGUAUUUUAUGAGUGUUUAAAGGCCCUUAAAGGAUGAAUGCUGUGUUAAGUUUUCAGUGUCCACAGUAGGCUAUUCAAUCCCUCAAUUCAUUGUCAAAUAGCUGUGUCUGUAGAAGUGAUACAGUGCAAAGUCAUUGUGUAAGUAGCCUGAAGAAGCUGGACAUGUGCUUUUUUUAGUCUCUCAUGUGGAAAGGUCCCUUUUAACACAUUUAGGUCAGACCCUAUGCUACAGUCCCAUGCCAGUCUAACAUCUCAGGGGAAAUCAUAUUCCAGAACAAUGCAGUUAUACCACCUAACCCUCUGCAUAGACAGCACUAUGUCUGUGAGAAAGUGUCUCCAAUCAACAUAGCUGCCACCUCUUGGGGAUGUGGAUUAACUAUACUGUCUGGCUAUGUCUAUACUGGUGCGAUCUUGCACAAAAGCAGCCACUCUUGCGCCAAAACUUGCUGCCUGUCUACCCUGGCCGCAAGUUGUGGUUUUUUUUUUUUUUUAAAAACACAGACUAUUUGGUGUCCAGGAGGUGGGCGGGCAUUAGCCCACCCACAUCUAAAGGACCGCCCCCCAGCCUGCAGGGAGGAUCCACAGAACCUGGAAAAACCAACUAAUUACUGGGGACAAAUAAUGGAAAAACAGAUAUGGGUGUGAGGGUCAAAGGGUUAAAACCAGGGAACCGGAUGGGGAUACCGAGCAGAGAACCCCAGACAGCGCCCACUAUGGCCGCGAGUUCUUGCACAAGAACACGGACGUUCUAAUGUAUGAAAUCAGUGCUUCUUGCGCAAGAAAGCCCUAUGGUUAAAAUGGCCAUUAGAGCUUUUUUGCGCAAGAGCGUCUACACUGGCACGGAUGCUCUUGCGCAAAGGCACAUGCCAGUGUAGACGCUCUUUUCUGGAAGAGUUUUUGCACAAGAACUCUUCUGCAAAAGAGUUCUUGCGCAAAAUCAUGCCAAUGCAGACGUAGCCACAGGAAUGAGGCACCUUAGAAACUACCAAAAACAUAUAUAGCAUCAUGAGCUUUCAUGAACAAAACCCACCUCCUCAGUCACUUCUCUGCAAAAACCUCAACUAAAUGUUCUCGCGUGAAGCUCACAAUAACAAUCACUAGGACAUUUUUCACAGUGAAAAAAUAUAGCAAAAUAGCUGAUAUGUUAGGAAUGGAGCAUGGAAAUUAGCUACUUUCCUGGAUAGUUAUUUUUUCCAGUGUUAUGCUUUCAAUAAACAAACCCAUACCAUGGACUGACAAUACACUGACCUCCUUAAACCAGGAACUGUGCUAGAGCUUUGGAAAUAACUUGCACAAAGUUUACAGUAGUUGCUGGGGGGGAGUAUUAGACUCAGCUGGGUCAACGGUGCAACUAAUUGCUCUGCAGACAAGGAUACAAUUAAGUUUAAAUCAGACUUUUACAUCGUUCUU